AUGACGAUAUUUCUGAAUCUUCUACUUGUGAUGAUAAUUUGGAUUCUCAUGUUUGUCGUACAUCCGUUGCUACUCACAGAUCUGGUGGGAAGGAACCUUAAACAGAAGAAAGAUGAAAGUGAAGAAUUGAAAAGACGUCAAGAACUGGAACGGGAGAAGUCAGUUCUUGAGGGUGAACAAGCAAGUCAUCUUGUCAAUAAACACAAAGGUGCAGAAGAAAGCAAACCGUUGAAUGUUUCUGAACCACAGGUAGCAGAAGUUUCUCUUGGUUCUUCACAGUCUUCUCCUGAUCAACGAGCUAAACAGCUUUCUUCUCGUUCUUCUAAUGCUUCUGAAGAGCCAACUAAACUUGUUUCUAAACUUUCCAGGGAAACAAUUACAGAUAACACUCUUAAUAGUGGUAGAGUGGAACCUGGUAGUGGUGUUAUUGAGUCUGGUCAAGUAGGUGAAAGUUCUGGUGGUUCUUCUGGUGGGAGUUCAGGUUCUAGUUCAUCCAGUGCAGCUUCUCAUCCUUCUCCUCCUACACAUAAUAAUCCAACACCUGGUGAUCCUGAACCUGCUAUUCCUAUUCCUGCUUCUCCUGCUGAUGGGAGUAGUGUGGCUGCAGCUGACGGUCAAACUGGAAACAGCGGAAACAACACAACAGGAGAAACUGCAGCUAACCACGGAACUAAAGCACCACAGCCUUCUUCUUCUACCAACCCUGAUAAAGGUAAUGUCAGUGAAUAUGAAAGUACGUUAACAGAGAACGGUACUGCAUCUACAGAGAGUGAGUCCACAAACACCCAAGAAGGUGAUGUAAGUAAUACAGAAAACACCACCACCACCACCACAACAACAACAACAACACUUCCUCCUGAACUCACAAACAACAAGAAGGGUGAUGCAGACAGCAGCAGCAGCAGUAUCAGCAGUUCUGUGUGGAUGCGUGUACCACUACUGAUUGUGGUUACACUGGCCUGUAUUCUUGUGUGCUGA